AUGACUUGGACCGCUCUGACAAGAGCAUCUCAAACGAUCUAUCGAUCAUCAAGAUGUAAUACGAAUUCACACUUGUCCGUGUAUGCGCCCAAAAGAUGUAAUAGUGCGAGCACAGCAGGGAACACGAUAUCUAAUCUUGUAAGAUCGACUGUGAAUAAAAUAGCUAUCACGGGUUUCGGAGAAGGUACGAAUGAUUUGUAUGAUCGAGCUCGACCAUCCUAUCCUUCCGACGCGUUAAACAAAAUCCACCAGACCAUCUCCACCUCUGCUUCUGAAAAUAAUGGAUGGAAGAUUAUCGAACCUGGUUCUGGAACAGGUAUAUUCACCCGACUACUCUUAUCCCCUCCUACACCACAGUAUCCGACUUUCCCUAUCGACACGCUGGUCUCGAUCGAACCCUCAGAAGGAAUGAGGAAAACAUGGCAGAACGGAUUACAGACUAAAGUGCCCGAACAGGAUUUAGAGGAGAAGACGGUCAAUGUGGUAGAAGGUGCUUUUGAUGAUCUUUCGAAUGUACAACAAUAUGGGAUGAGAAAGGGAGGGGUGGAUGGAGUGAUCAUUGCUCAGGCUUGGCAUUGGUGUGAUGAUCAUGAAAAGGCUUUGCGCGAAAUAGCAUCCUACCUUCGUCCAUCCGCACCUUUGAUACUCAUAUGGAAUCUCGAAUCGCCCAUUCCCAAAUGGCAGGGCCAAGUAAGAGAAUCAUACGAGAAGUAUGAUCUGGGUUCACCGCAGUAUUACAAAGGAUGGUGGAGAAAGAUGUUCGAUACCCAAGCUUAUAAGGAAUUGUUCGAAGAGAAGGAAGAGUGGAGUACUAAAUGGAUGAAAGGGAUAACAGAGGAUGAGUUAAUCGAUAGAUUAUUCUCCAAAUCAUACCUCACAUCCGCAUAUCUAUCUCCUACCGAUCGAGAAAAAUUAGAAAAUCAUUUAAGAGGGAUUAUCAAGAAUGCCCAUCAUGAAUGGGUGGAUGAAGAAAAAGGUAUAUUUCAGUAUUACUAUAAUACGGAUAUCGUGAUACUACGGCGCAAAGCAUGA